AGGUGGCAAUAGCCUUGGCAGCCAGAUCCCUAUCGCUUUCAGUCUGUGCUCAAGCCUCCAGCACAGAGGAAGCAUGAAUCUGGAAGCAUGAACCUGCCCAUCGUCCUUGCCACAUUUGGAAUUGUGAUAGUUCACCCUAUAUCAGAGGCUGUAUUUCCUGUACUUUUUGACUGCUGCACAGAAGUAGCCCAUCAUAUUCCCAGAAGAUGGCUAAGAACAGUGGCAACGUUUGACAUUCAGAAUGGUGGCGAUUUAUGCAAAAUAUCCGCUGUGAUCAUUCACGCAAAGCACAAAAAGCUGUGUGUGAGCCCAGAGAACAGACAUGUGAAGAGGUGGAUGAAGCAGGUGGCCAAGGGUCGCUGGAGAACUGGCCAUCACCCCAGGAAGAGAAAGAAAGCCAAUAGGAGAAGGAAAAGUGGGAGGAAAGAGCCCUGUCUCAGCUGCUGAAGCAACCAUAGAGAUGCAACCGUCUUUACUGCAGACUUUGUCACCUUGCUGCCCUCCAGAUGUUUUGGACUACAGUUCCCAUCAGCCAAAGGCCACAUGGAGAAACAUCUGGAGGGCACCAGGUUGGCGAAGGCUGUUGCCCUGUGGAAUAAAUUCAGGAAGCAUCUCAUGACGAUCUGUGCUGAUGUUCAGAAAACACCCGACCACAAUUUGGGUUUUCCAAACCUUUUGAAUUUCCCCUUCCUUCUAAAGCCAGAGAUGGGGAAACCUGUGGCCUCUCCAGUUGCUAUUGGACUACAACUCUCAUCAUGCUGGCAGGGCCUGAUGGGAACUGUAGUGCCAGCAAGCGCUGAAAAUCACAAACAGAGGUAAGCUUUGAGCUGGUACUGGAUUGGAAAUUGCAAAAUAAAAAUCAUGAAAGCCCUAAAACGUGGUUGAAGAUA